AAAGAAAAAUGCCAAGGUAUGAUGAUCGCCGCAGUGGUACUCGCCUUUAUGUUGGUCACUUGUCUUCAAGGACAAGGUCACGUGAUCUGGAGGACAUGUUUAGUAGAUAUGGGAGCCAUUAGGAUGGGUUCAGGGUGUAGUGACGAUGAAGUAGGAGAAAAUAGAGUCCUUCCAAACCCUUGUUGUAGUGCUUGACAUCUGGUCUUCCUUAUAAAAUACGAGUGAGAAUGAUGCAGCCCUCCACCUGUCUGUGUGGUUUAACUUGAAUGAUCUUGUUGAAGGUCUCUUGGCUCUUGCCUAACCUGGAGGUCUAUGGUGAGAGGGUGACCUUGGUGGAUUUGGCGAGUCUUUCUAUAGUGUUAUUGCGUGUUUUUAUCGAAAUCGCAACAAUCUCAAAAGUGGUGUUUUUGGUUCAUCUGUGAGGAGCGAACUAUCAACCCUUCGAUAAUUGUGUCAUGAUGGCCUUACUGUUUCUGGCACCCGUUUACGCAGAAUACGCGAUGUGGAUAUGAAGCGCGACUACGCAUUCGUUGAAUUCAGUGACCCUAGAGAUGCUGAUGAUGCAAGGUAUGCAUUGAAUGGUCGAGACCUAGAUGGAAGCCGUCUCAUUGUUGAAUUUGCCAAGGGAGUGCCCCGUGGCCCUGGUGGAUCUCGUGAUUAUGCUGGAAGAGGUCCAACUCCUGGGUCAGGCCGCUGCUUCAACUGUGGAAUUGAUGGUCACUGGGCUCGUGAUUGCAAAGCUGGGGAUUGGAAGAAUAAGUGCUACCGCUGUGGGGAACGAGGCCACAUAGAAAGAAAUUGUCAAAACAGUCCAAAGAAACUGAGCCGCAGACCACGCAGUUACUCACGCUCACCUAGCCCCCGCCGUGGUAGAAGCAGAAGCCGCAGUUACAGCAGGGGGCGUAGCAACAGUAGAUCAAGAUCACCUGUGAAGAGAGAACGAAGUUUCGAGCGUGAUGAUAGAAGAUCAAGGAGCCCUAAGCGGCACAGAGGUUCUCCAUCCCCAUCCAGAGGGAAGAAGCAUAGUCCAGCACCCGAUGAAAGAAGCCCGCAAGAGAGAGGUAGCCCUUCUCCAAGGGAUCACAGGCACACCAAUGGAUCGGACUACAGUGCAAGUCCCAGAGGAAGGAGCAGAACCCCAGAUCGUGAAGCUGAUGCCGAGGACCGGGCUUAUAGGAGCUCCACAAAGGAAAACGGCCAAAGCCGCAGCCCUAGCCCACUCCCUAGGGAUAGCCGGAGCCCUAUUUAUGACGAUGAUGAUAAUCAUGCUUCUCCUAGACGCAGUGAAUCAAAUUAAGCGGAUCGGAUGGUGGCCUGAAUUGUUAUGUCCUAGUGACAAUCUAUUUGCAAGAACUUUUGAGUUCUUUAAGGAUGGAUGAUUAACUUUCUUUUUCUUGAAUAUUAAGGCAGCACUGUUGAGAUUUAUUUAAGUCUGUUUUAUAAGUUCCCUCUUUUAUCUUGUCUUGGGUAAGAUACUUUCCGGCUGCUAAUGACAGUUGAUAAUUUCUGCAAUAACUAUGAAUCUAUGAUCAUAUAAAACUCAAAA